GUAGGGUUAGAGUGGAAAGGUCAAAGUGGAAGAUGGCGACUUGCCCAGUUGAGGUGUUGGCACUUGUGAAUGGGAAGCCAAAUGUCAUUUAUGUGCGGAAUUGGAAUGUGUGGUGUGCGGUAGUACUUCGGUGUGCAUGAGUCGAGCCAUGGCUGGGUUGUUUGAGUUGCUGUGGCGCGUUCUCCAUGCUGUGCUUUGCGUUCAGCGGGUAUUACUAUGUUGGAUCCGAACACGGAUCUGGAACGGUUAUUGGCGCAUCGUACACCGGGCUCUGGCUGCGGUCCUAAUGCCUGCCGGCUUCGCUUUUCAGAGCCCCGGGAAUGUCAGAAAAAAUCGUUUAGGAAAAGGAGGUAGUAGCAGUCGACAUGUACGGUGGAGAACGGAUGGGCGAUCUUUGCAGAAACUUCCUUUGCACUUAGGCUUGCUGGUUGCUGACGAGGAACCAAGCUAUACUGACAUUGCGAAUGUUGUGGUAUGGUGUAUGGCCGUGGGAAUUUCUUAUGUCAGUGUAUAUGAUAGUCAAGGUAUUUUCAAGAGGAACAAUUCAAGGCUUAUGGAAGAAAUCCUAAAACAACAACAAGAAUUACUGGGUCUUGACUACACCUCUUACUCAGCAGACUUUAAAAUUCACAACAAAGAGAAAGAAAAUCAAGUUUUAUCCUGCCAAUCAGUGAUAAAAGUGCUAUCCCCCGAAGACGGGAAAGCAAGCCUGGUGAAAGCUGCACAGAAAUUUUGCCAGUUAGUAGAAGACCAGCAAAGUAAACCAACUGACAUGAACAUUGGUGUAUUUGACAACUUACUCAAAGCUAUUCUUUCUUUUAUAGAAUCUGAAAGUGUUCCAGACCCAGAUAUGGUAUUAAAAUUUGGGCCAGUGGACAGUACAUUAGGAUUUCUGCCAUGGCAUAUCAGAUUAACAGAAAUUAUAUCCUUGGCUUCACAUCACAGUAUCAACUAUGAGGAUUUUUUCUAUGCUCUUCAAACCUAUGCGACAUGUGAGCAGCGCCUAGGGAAAUGAAAAUGACCAGUCAUUUGGGAGUUUCCAUGAAGAGGACCUGGUGUCUCCAGUGUUUACAAGAGCCUGCUUAUCACUACAUGCCUAGUUUAAUCUUUUAUGUUGAACAACAGGGUUAAUAGUGUCUUAACUUCUGUUACUGCUGUCCCAUUAAGUCUUACUGGGGACAGCAUCGGCAUUUGGCAGACCUGCAUUUGACUCUGGGGUGACAGACAAGAAGAGAGUCAGAUUUUGAGAUGAAGAAAUGGUUCUUCCAUUUUGGUGAUUGAACUUCUAAGCGUAAGCAAAACACUGCAUAAAUAUUUUGCUGUCACAUUGUAAUUUCCACUAAACUACAAAAUUUGAACUUGGGAGGUUCACUAGUGUUGGAACUCUUCCUCUGGUCUCCUGUCCCAUCAUAAUUUUAUACAUGUUGAAAUGUAGACAUUGACUUUGCCCAUAAGUAAGUGUCAAAUGAUCAAAUUUUAAAUACAAGUCAUUUUUACAAGAACUGCCAUUCUUGUGUGGCAUGCUCAAUUUUUUUUUCUUUAUUUCCUGUGGAAAACUGACAGCCGGAACUAUUGGGUAUGGUAGAGGAUGGGGGCCAUUCAGGAGUUACUCAAAGUUUGUACAAGAGCUCUUCAAGACUGUAUAAUGUUGUACAUUGCACUGAUUUGGAGUAACAUUUUUGUAGUUUUUGUUUUUAAAAAUGUUGCAUUGUCUUCAUUUUGCAAAAAGAUGAAAUUAAACUCCCAAGCAGGUGA